GCCAAAUUGAAUCAUUCAUUCAGAAUACGUCGUAGCAAUCGCGAGUGACUUUGUGAAAUCGAAGGAGAAUCUCGUGUUAAAUUAAUUUUGAAAAUAUAAAAAACUAUGCCUAGACGCGGACGAUCUGCAAGCCCACCGCCGGCCCCUCAGCGAAGGGCUGCACCAGCACCAGCACCCGCUCCGAGCCGUGUCCCGGCUGCGGCGCCUGUGUCUACACCCGCCCCGAUGGCCGCGGCGCCCCAGCAGCCCUCCAUGUUCGGACAAAUGGCUGCCACGGCUGGAGGAGUCGCCGUUGGCUCGGCUGUGGGUCACAUGGCUGGUAGUGCUUUAACUGGCUUGUUCAGCGGAGGUAGCAGCAGCGAGCCCGCACAACAGCAGGCAGCACCAGCAGCCGCCGCAGCGCCCCCCGCUUACAACCAGGGACAACAACCCUCUGGACCGUGUGCCUGGGAGAUCAAACAGUUCAUCGAGUGUGCCCAACAACAGCACGAUCUCACACUGUGCGAGGGCUUCAACGAGGCUCUCCGCCAGUGCAAAUUAAACAACCAUUUGUAAACACCUAAACAGACAGGUGCUAUUUUUUUUAGGAUUUUUUGUUCAUAUAAUGCCUUUUUAGAAGAUCUCUUACAAAAUUAUAUAGAAAAUGUACACAACCAGUGUUCUAUUGUAAAGGCUACUUCCAUCUAAGAACUUUUAAUUUCAAUAGCAAAAUUAAGCACCUGCCAAGUACUUUCAAUAUCAAUUGAUUUCUGUUUAGCAGUUAAAUGUAAUCAAACAUUCUGGAUAGCAAAUAUUAGUUGUUCUGUUGUUAUACUUUAAGACCUGUGAUGUAGAUUUUAUUAUUUACAAUUAUUGUAAAUCUGAUUUACGUAAUUUAGACAAAUUCUAUAACAUACAAUAAAUAAAAAAACCCAAA